CCCGGGCAAGAGUGACCACCGUCCAGGCCAGGGGGGCCUGGGAGGGGCUUGGCUCUGCGGGACCGAGAGCGGCCCAGAGCAGGAGGAGCCGGGGCAGAGACCCAGGGGACGCGGUCGUGGCCCCGAGGCCCUGGCAUACCCGGCCCCGCCGCACUGCCCCGGCUGCUGUUUGGGGCUGGCUAAUGAUUAGCAGGGAAAAUGUCACUCUGGGGCGCGCACACCUUCCGGAAGCCAGGGGCCGGUGACAGGCAGAGGCCGCCUCUGUGUUUCGAGCCCGGCCUGUGACGUGACAUUUCGCGGGGAACUUCCUGUUACCUGGAGACUCCGGUCAGGAUUCUCCGGAGGCCACACAGGUGUGUUCCUGCGUCCGUGCGCGGCGAGAGAGGACGGUGGACCAGAUGCCUUUGGGACCAGAGAACCUUCUCUGAGGCCCCGAAGAGGAAGGAGGCCUUCCUGCCAGAGGGGUGAAGAAAACGUGUGGAGAUGGAAGGCAGCUGGAAAGGCAUCCCGGCUGUGCUGGUCGUCCUGGCUGGGCUGGCAGCUUCUGGAUCCAGCUAUCAAAUCAUAGAAGGUCCCAAGAACGCAACGGUGGUGGAGGGCUCGGAGGCUCACUUCAACUGCACCAUCUCACAGGGCUGGAGACUCAUCAUGUGGACUCUGAACGACGUAGUGGUCCUGAGCGUCACGCCCACGGAGCCCAUCAUCACCAACGACCGCUUUACCUCUGCCAGUUAUGAAGAGGGCGGCAACUCCGUCUCUGAGAUGAUAAUCCAUGAUGUGAAGCUCCAGGAUGCAGGGCGUGUUAAGUGCAGCCUCCAGAACAGUGACCGGGAUGCCUCUGCCUUCCUUUCUGUCCAAGUUAUGGGGGAGUUGCUCAUUCCCAGAGGCAACCUUAUAGUCACUGAAGAUAAACCCUGUAAUGUGACUUGCCAUGCAUCAGGCUGGAUCCCUCUCCCAGAUAUAUCCUGGGAGAUUGGCGUUCCGGUGAGCCACUCAAGCUAUUAUUCUGGUCCGGAUCCCAACGACCUCCAAAGUGCAGUGAGUGUUCUGACUCUCACGCCACAGGGCAAUGGGACUCUGACUUGCCUGGCUAACAUGAAGGGCCCGAAUGCUCACAAGUCUGUAGCUGUGAAUCUUACCGUGGUUCAUCCUUCUUGGGGCAGCGUUGAUAAAGCAGGUGCCUCCUUGCCUACCUGGGCCAUAGCUCUGCUUGCAGUGUCCUUGUCAUUGCUUUUGAUUCUGAUCAUUGUUCUGAUUAUAAUAUUCUGCUGUUGUUGUGUCACCGGGCAAGAGAAAAAAGAAUCUAGUUAUCAGAGCGAAAUAAGGAAAUCUGCAAGCGUGAAGACAAAUGAAACUGUGGAGACAAAAGUAAAAAGUGGGAGUGAAAACAAAGCCUACAGCCCAGAUGAGCCCAGGACGACAGAGCUUGCUUCUCCAGCUCCAGAGUCCUCUGAAUCCAGUGUUCGGGAACAACAGAGAAAUAGGCAACCUCAUCAGGGACCUGACCACCGGUGGCAGCGCCCCGCAGGUUCCCCGCAGGUUUCCUUCAUCAUGGCCAGUCCUAGGACCGUCAGGAACGUAACUUUGGUCUAGCGAAGGUGUCCCUCCGGUUCCGUUUUGCACGUGGCUGAUGACCCGCAUCACGCCGACAUGGGCUCGUCCUUCCUCUCUGUCCCAAGGCUGGACUCCCACUUUGCCAGAGUUACGGGGACGCAGCGAGGCUGGAAUAAUCUCCCCGCUGUGGGGAGAGAAGGACUCUGUUUCCCCACCUCCCAAAGUAGAAUUUGGCUUUCGAAAUGUUUCAAGAUUUUCGUGAAUUCCACCAAGUAACUAAGUAAAAUCUACAAAUUCAUCAUUUUAAUGUACUCGUCACUCGACGCUCCUUCUUGUGUCCCAUCAGUGGUGGAUAAGCCUCUAUAGUACAUGACUUUUAAAAUAUUUUUGUCAUCCUCCAUCAUAUGAAGACAAUAUUUAUGUAUGUUUAAUAUGUGGGGCAUUAUUGUAUAUUAUCCGUGAAAAAAGAGCAUACGUAUCAGGAUCAAUUAGAAAGCUAAGAUCGCCUGAAAAAUCAGAACUUAGAGGUUAAGAAUAAAAUUAAAUUCAAAGCCGAUGUGCACACCGUGAAGGAUCUCAUUAUUGGAUAUUUACGUGAAGACAUUCACUUUUAUCUGCUCUUAUCAGGCUUGCUCUCAUGUUACCCGAUGAAGUAGGUCUGGAUUAUGCUUUGUAGGGAACCUAACUUACAUACCACAAAUGCCGUGAAAAUACAGGAAAUGGGUAACACAUUCUUCAAUAAAUAAAAGAGAAAACACCAAAGAAUGUUAUUGCCUUUCUGAGUUCCUUACUAUUCAGGUGGUAGUUUAAGGAAUCUUGAUGUUUAAGAAUGAAGCAUUUCUAAGAAGCAGAACAGGAGACGUCUGUAAAAAAAACCAAAAUCACAUCUUCAUGUUAGUCUUUGAUUAUUGUACAUUUGCCCCAUAAAAGUUAAUGUGAAUGUUGCUAUGAAGAAUAAACUUUUCCAGAUA